CUAAAAUAUACAGUAUAAACAAAUAACUUCAAAAGUUUAAUUUUUAAAACUUGUUUUGUUCUUAAGCUGUUGUGGAGUUGGAUACUAGCAGAAUAUUUUUACAGAAUGGCUGCAGAACAAGGAGGUUGGUAUAUGAACCGAAACAUUAAAAAAUUAUACAAUUAGAUAAAAUAUAUAGUUAUAUUUAUAUACAGACUACUAAAAUUCUGUAUUCAGUAGAUUGCCUUAUAUUUAUCUUUAUACGAUAACCGAGAUUUACUGAAUAAUAACAGACAACCGUCUAAAAAUACAAAAUGUAAUUUCACUCAUGAGAGGUUUAACAUUUGAAAUUACUCUUUUGAGUUUGAUUAAAUUUGAUCAGACUUUAACGUUUGCCACAUAAUUGCUAGAUGUGUGUUGUGAUCAGACCUGACUGGAAAGUUUGAAAAUUGAAUGGCCGAGAUUUCGAAAGUUUAAUUGUAAAUAUAUAGAAAGCAUCAAAAUUGCAUGCCCGAUAUUUCGGCCGUGCAAUACAAACGUUCCACACUGGUUGUGAGAGGCUGAGAUCGAGGUAUCUAGUGUAGGUAAAGUGCUCUACAAAUUAUAGAGAGGUUAAUUAAGCAAGUGACAUUUUUGAUUCACGGAUGGUGACCGGAAGUAAAUCAAGCCAUUAUAGACGGUGACCACCGUUCUUGUUUGAAAUCACAAACACAAGACUUCAUUGACUGCUGUUCUUGAUUUUAAGCAUGAACUGCUGACGUCAUAAUUAUGUACUUGUGAAUGUACCUAUUUUUAUCAUUCUAGGAAAUGUUGAUGAAGCAAUUAUACGUCAAGUGGAGGAAAUACAAAAAGAGGUUGUUAUAACUCAACAUUUCAACAACAUUUAUUCAAAUUCAAUUACAUUUUACAAAAACACCCAUUUGCACUUUGCGAAGCUAUUCUAGGCAGAGGGUUGCUGUCUUGCUAACUUGCUCUCACUAUCAUACAGGAUACAUUUCUUCUCUGGGUACCUGACACUUUGUCAGGACGUUAGCAGCGGGUAUCGAAAUAGUUACAGGCCUCUGAAUUAGAAAAAAUCAGGUUCCGCAAAAAUUUGGCAACCUAAAACCAUAGUUAUGCUAAAACUAAAACAGGUUGGCAAUUUCAAAUUUUCAACAAAAUAUGCCGGUAUAGUGAUAAUGCCAUUUGCCUUCGCAAAACAGUAAUUGUAAUUAACCCAUUGAGUGGCAGCACUUUCCACUUGGCAAGUAAAAUUGUCUGGCGUUAGACAGAGUAAAAUACUAAAGUUGUGUGCAUCAGGGUGCAUUGCCAGCCACUUAAAGGGUGAAGUAUAUACAGGCCUAGAAAAUAUAUUUAUCUUCCUGGCAGCAAAAUUCAAAAAUUAAAAUUUCCUGUGUAAGUCAACUAUAAAACGUCGUUCCUAUGUAGAUUUCAGAGAACGUGUGGACUAUGAUGGCGCACACCUCGACUUGCAAAAUGCUUAAUUUGGAAUUUUUAAACAAUAAGUAAAUUAUAUGGCGUCCUGUAUAUAAGAUGACAAAAAUUUCCUGCAAGGUGCAAGAAAAUUUCCUGCGAAGAUAUUUUGUUAAACAUUUCCUGGCAGCGGUGCUGCUGGCGCUGCCGGACAUUUUCCAGCACUGAAUAUAUAUAUAGUUGAAGUACUGUACAUAAAAUCAACUUUAAAUAAACUAUACAGUAACAAUGUUACCAAACGCAUAACUGAACUCAAACAUUGUUUUGUGGUCAAUAACAGUUAUUAGCUAGUUAUAAUCUAGUUAGUUAUAGUUAUAGUUAUAUAUUAUUUUAUAAUAUAGCAUUUGUAAAUUCUGAACGCUGAUUGGCUAAGAGCCGUGUUGAUAUAACUCCAUGUCAACACGGGAAAUUUUCCGCCGCUUGUAAACACGGAAAUUUUUCUUAUUCUUCGGGCUUUUGACAUUGUUAUAUUAUAAAACAAAUAUAAAACAUUUUUUCCGUAUUGAUAUAUAGUUAUAUCAACACUCGUGGAAGUUGGGAAAACUCGAAAUUGUGUGAAAACACUCCGCCCUUCGGGCGUCGUGUUUCCACACAAUUUCUCGUUUUCCCAAUUUCCACUCGUGUUGAUAUAACUGUAUAUCAACACGGACAAUGUUUUAUAUUUGUUAAAUAGUUAACAGUUAUAAUCUAGACUACAGUAUAUAUAGAGAAUAUUACACGGCAGCACGAAGAUAUGACUUUUAUCUUCGAGUGGUGAAAACAAUAUUUUACGAACGAGUGCAGCGAGUGAGUAAAAUAUUGUUUUUAACACGAGAAGAUAAGAUUGUAUCUUCAAGCCACCGUGUAAUGUCCUGUCGGAAAAUUACGGGUCGAUACUGUACGUCCCCAAUCAGGUUGGUAAUUGCCAAUUGCCACCUGAAUCCAGAGGCCUCAGGAAUUACACAAGCUUUUAUAGACCACUCAAGAUUAUUUGCUAAUUUAUAGAUUGCAGAUUCACAACACCUUGUUGGGGCAUUGCAGGAUAUUUUGUCAUUGGGAAAUGUAUAUCAGCAUGACGACACUGUUUUUCAAAAUAAAAUCAAGGCAAGUAAGAAUAUAUGCAUUAUGUGUGUAUGUGCGAUGGUGUGUGUGUCGACAUUCUGACACUAUAUUGGAUGACGAUGUAUCGACGAAGUUUUACUAUUUUUUACAGGAUUUAUCCAAGAAAUACUCUCAUAUAAGAACAACGAGAGCUGACGGCAAUUGCUUCUUCCGCGCUUUUGGAUUUAGUUAUUUAGAAUAUUUGUUGCAAGACAGGGUUGAGUAUGAAAGGUAAUAUUAUGUCAUUACAGUUAGUAUUACUCAGCUCACUGCCAUUCUGGCUUUUCGGUAACCGAAUACAUCAAGUUGUACACUUACCUGUAUGUUUACCUACUUAGCCUAG